GAAAAGCAUUUCCUACUAUGUCCGUUAGCCUUCAGAGCUAUGGAUUUGAAGACCCGGAUUUUGUCCAAUCAGAAACAUAUGCCGAAUUUCAAAAGGCAUAUGAUACUGUGCUCCAAAGACGCUAUGAACGGUGGAAACGAGUGAUAAAUCAGGUGAAACGUUUUUGUCGAAAAGGCAUUCCAUCCGAAUUCCGAAGCCAUGUCUGGAUGACUUUAUCGGGGGCCGACAAAGAAAUGAAGGAAAAUCCGAACGUUUAUAAAUCGGCCUGUGGUCUGCAACCAGCCAAGGAAUUCAACACAACAAUUCUUGCAGAUUUGCCUCGAACCUUCCCAGAAAAUGUUAACUUCUCUGAUGCGGCCGGCGCGCAGAACAAGCGCCACUCCCUACAACGGGUCCUCCAGGCUUUUGCAAUCACAUUCCCCAAGAUUGGCUAUUGUCAGGUCAGUGCUCCAUUGUUACUUAUGUAUGUGAGUGUGCAAUUCGUUACACCGCUCGGCUCCAUUUGCCGGACAGUCACACCCAAACUUUACUUCUCCAGAGCUUUGCGACAAGUCCUGAGCACAUCUGUGCGGCCUUUGCUAUCUUUUAUGUAUUGUUUGCACACAUAA